GUGGUACUUGGGUAGCCUACCUGCAGGUCUUGCCAUAUAUGUCACUUUAGGUCCGCCGAGAAUUUUGCGACCUCAAACGCCGCGGCCCGUCUUGCGCUGCAGCGCCAGCGACCUCAUUUGCCGCUUUUCUCCGUCUUGCGGCAGCGCCAGCGCCAGCGGCGAGCUGACGCUCAAGGACGCCUCCGCGGCCGUCGGCAUGCGUGGCGCGAUGGCCAUCUUGUUGCCUCUGCUGCUUCCUCUGCGCCUCGGCGCCUCUCCCGGCGGCACGUUCCUUGCGCCAUCGAACCAGACAUCUCAGCUAUACGUCGGCUGCUCGCGCACAACAAUCGCGCACCACCUACACGUCCGUCUGCCCGACUUCGUUGUCAUCGGAGUGCAGAAAGGUGGCACCACCAGCGUGAUCCAGGAUCUGAAUGCUGCUCAACCUCAGGUGGCGUGCAUGGCGUGGGGCGAGCUGCACUUUUUUGACCGCAACGAGUUCUCCAACAUCUCUAUCACCGCUCAUGAUGUGGAGGCGUAUGCCCAGCGACUGAGUAGCAAGACGCGGUGUCAGCAAUCCACAGUGGCCCUCGCCGAGAAGACACCCGCGUACUACUACAGUCCGCACGCGCCAUUGCGCCUCUGCGAGGCGUUGGGAAGCCCACGAUUGGUGAUCUUCCUGCGCGACCCGACGAGUCGAGCCUACUCCUCCUUCUACGAAGGUGGCGACGUCACGCAUCUCGGACGCAAUGCCAAUGGCUUUCAUCGCCUCGUUGAGAUCGAGGUUGCAAUCAUCAGAGGCUGCCCCGACAGCGCGCAGCCUUCAGGCGAUCCAGCCAUCGACCACGAGCGGUCGGCACAUUUUCGCGAGUGCUGUUCGGCACUUGUAGGCAGCUCAUUUGGCCAAGGCUCGUGGCUGGGAUGCAGCUGUGAUCUGAGCGACUUCCACUGCUCCAUCUACGGCGACAAGAGGGCGGCACAAGUGAGGAUGGGCUUAUACAUCUGGCACCUUCGGCGAAUAUACCGCUACCAUCGCGCUUCCAACGUGUUGCUCGUACGUGCAGAAGAUUUCUUUGUGCAUGGCGCUGACACUCUGAAGGAGAUGCUGGCAUGGGCCACGCCCAACAGGGCGAACACAAUCUACCACGUACAGAUUCCGACGGAGCAUGCAGGCUCUAAGACCACGCUUCACGAGCACAUGCUGCCAGUCACAGAGCGCCUGCUGCGCGAGUUCUACGCUCCAUUCAAUGCGGAUCUCGAGGAGCUCGUCGGACGAAAAAUGCACUGGCCGGUGCCCCCUCCAGCACCCCCUCCUGCACCCCCGCCGCCGGUGCCCCCUGCAACCCCCCCACUUGCACCCCUGCCGCCGGUGCCCAAGGGACAUAGCUGAACUAGAGUUGGGACCGUGUUUCGACAAACUUCGGUUCGGUUUAUAAUAACCCAUCCUGAUCCCUUCUCUGGAGCUCUCUAUUAAUUACUAAUUACAAAUU